AUGCCGUUGAGAACUGCACGGUCGCCCGGUCUUGCGAGCCAGCUACGCGGGUUCGCCCGCAACGGCCGGGCUUUUUCUUCUGGCCCUCGGCGGCAAUCCUCUCGAUCCCCGGAUUUGCCGUUCCGUCUUGCGGUGGUCGGUUCCGGCCCCGCCGGCUUCUACACGUCGUACCGGGUCAUGGGCAAGAUCCCAGGCGCCCGGGUCGACAUGUACGAGAGCCUGCCGGUUCCGUUUGGAUUGGUCCGUCACGGAGUGGCGCCCGAUCAUCCAGAGGUCAAGAACUGUCAGGAAAAGUUCGACGAAAUCGCCUCGUCACCCAACUUUACCUUUAUAGGGAAUGUCUCCAUCGGUCAGCCGGGCCACUCCGCCCAGCAUUGCACUGUUGAGCUGAAAUCGCUAUUACACAACUACGACGCCGUACUGUUCUCCUACGGCGCAUCGGAAGACAAGAAGCUGGGGGUUCCUGGCGAGUCGACUCUUAGCGGUAUAUAUUCGGCGCGCCACGUUGUUGGUUGGUACAACGGCCUUCCGGAUUGUGCCGGCCUAGACUUGGAUCUUACUCGCGGUAACGAGGCCGUCAUCAUCGGCCAAGGGAAUGUCGCUCUCGACGUCGCGCGGAUGCUCCUCGAAGACAUUGAUGUGCUCAAGGGGACGGACAUCACGGAACAAGCCCUUGCAAAGUUGGCUGAGAGCCGAGUCAAGAGAGUCCACGUUGUCGGAAGACGUGGACCGAUGCAGGCCGCAUUCACAAUCAAGGAAGUUCGUGAGCUCAUGAAGUUGUCUCGGGUAGAAUUCCACCCCUUCAAUCGGUCCCUUGUACCGGCCGAACUCAAGAGCCUGCCGCGUGCGACGAGACGACUGAUGGAAGUAUUGGUCAAGGGUUCGCAAACUCCGCACGAGGCGGCCUCCAAGUCCUGGUCCCUGGAUAGUUGUCUGUCUCCAAAGCACUUCUUGGGGCAUCAAGAUUCGCCCUCCAACGUUGCAAGCACGGAAUUCGAUGUCACGGAGCUGUCUUCUCCAUUUGACCCUCAGUCAUCCGUCAAGUCAACUGGGGAAACGGUCAUCUUGCCCUCCGACAUCGUCUUUCGAUCCGUUGGCUACAAGUCCGUUCCCCUUCCAGGUUUCCAUGAUGCAGGUAUCCAGUUUGACGAUCGGCGCGGUAUUAUAUGCAAUGACGGCUUAGGUAGAGUGACACGCCUAGUGUCCCGCACCAAUGCAGAGGAUGUCAAGAACCAGAAUGUUCCCGGGCUGUAUUGCGCUGGGUGGGUCAAAAGGGGACCCACUGGAGUCAUUGCUUCAACCAUGCAAGAUGCCUUCAUCACAGGAGAUGCAAUUGUGGAGGACUGGCUUUCAGGUGCUCCCUUCGGGAAUGCCUCAUCUAAGCAAACCAUGAACGGGUGGGAGGAAGUGAGGAAGGAGGCCGAUGCAUCCAACGGCAGAGCUGUUGCUUGGGGUGACUGGCACAGAAUUGACCAGGCAGAACGGGAGCGAGGGAAGAAAGCUGGAAAAGAGAGAGAAAAGUUCACGAGCACAGCUGACAUGUUAGCUGUCCUUGGAUGA